AUGAGAUUCACCCUGCUCACAUCCAUGGCCCUCCUGGGUCUUGCCCUUACGGCUGCAACGGAGUCCAGCACUGAUGAUGUUGGCAGCACCAAGGUUACUGAUGGCACUCUCGAUGUAAACUACUGUGGCGAACGCUGCGAAUAUGAUUGGGAAUGUCGUCGCGGAAACCGCUGCCACGAAUGCCGCAAGCAGCACCAUGAGCGCUAUGGCCGCUGCCGCGAGCGAUAUGAUUGA